CUGUUCUCAUCGCGGAUGGGGAAUAAAUAACUGCUAUCAUUCGGAAGAUUCUGGAGUAGAAUGUAUAAAAACAGCUACAAAUGUGUCCGUCAGAAUACAAGGGCCUUACAGAGGUAUCCUACAAUGGAGUAUGGGGAACAAUAUGCGAUUAUAGAUGGGAUUUUAGAGAUGCUAGGGUCGUGUGUCGUCAACUUGGUUAUCUAGAUGCCGUCAGAUCUCUUCAAGGGGGGCAGGUUCCAUCAGGUUCAGGACAAAUAUGGUUGGAAGACGUCAGAUGUACAGGAAAAGAAAAGGUUAUAUCAAGAUGCUCACAUCCCGGAUGGGGAAUUAAUUAUUGCACUCAUUCGGAAGAUGCUGGAGUAGAAUGUAUUAAAACAGCUUCAAGUGUGUCGUUGAGAUUACAAGGGCCUUCAAGUGAAAAUGGUACUGGUCGAGUAGAAGUAUUUUACAAUGGACUAUGGGGAACAAUCUGUGACGAUGGAUGGGAUUUUAGAGACGCUAAGGUUGUAUGUCGUCAACUUGGUUAUCCAGAUGCCGUAAGAUCUUAUCAAGGGGGGCAGGUUCCAUCAGGUUCUGGACAAAUAUGGUUAACUGACAUCAGAUGUACAGGAAAGGAAGAGAAUAUAUCAAGUUGUUCUCGUUCCGAAUGGGGAAUCAAUAAUUGUGAUCAUUCGAAAGAUGCUGGAGUAGAAUGUAGUAAAACAGCUACAAAUGUGUCGAUCAGAUUACGAGGGCCUUCAAGUAAAAAUGGUAUUGGUCGUGUUGAAGUAUUCUACAAUGGACUAUGGGGAACAAUCUGUGAUGAUGGAUGGGAUUUUAGAGAUGCUAGGGUUAUAUGUCGUCAACUUGGUUACUCAGAUGCAAUCAGAUCUCUUCAAGGGGGUGAGUUUCCCUCAGGUUCUGGGCAAAUAUGGUUAGAUGACGUCAGUUGUAAAGGGAAAGAAGAGAAUAUAUCAAGAUGUUCUCAUCCCGGGUGGGGAAUUAAUGAUUGCGAUCAUUCGGAAGAUGCUGGAGUUGAAUGUAGUGAAACAGCUACAAAUGUGUCGAUCAGAUUACAAGGACCUUCAAGUGAAAAUGGUACUGGUCGUGUCGAGGUAUUCUACAAUGGAACCUGGGGGACAGUCUGUAAAGCUGGAUGGGAUUUUAGAGAUGCUAAAGUUGUUUGUCGUGAACUUGGUUAUCCUGAUGCCGUCAGACCUCCUCAAGGCAGACAGGUUCCAUCAGCUUCUGGACAAAUAUGGUUAGAUGACAUCAGUUGUACAGGAAAUGAAGAGAAUAUAGCAAGAUGUUCUCAUCGUGGAUGGGGAAUUAAUAAUUGCAAUCAUUCCGAUGAUGCUGGAGUAGAAUGUGGUAAGCCUGCCAGUGUUUUAUUGAGGUUACAAGGACCAUUGAGUGAAAAUGGUAUUGGCCGUGUUGAAGUUUCUUACUAUGGACAAUGGGGAACAAUCUGUGAUGUUGGAUGGGAUUUGAGUGAUGCCAGGGUUGUAUGUCGUCAACUUGGUUAUAAAAAUGCUGCUAGGCCACUUCGUCGUGGACAGGUUCCUCCUGGUUCUGGGCAAAUAUGGUUGUCUAACGUUGGUUGCAAAGGAAACGAACAAAAUAUAACAAGUUGUUUACAUGAAGCUUGGGGAAAUAAAUAUUGUACACACAUUCAUGACGCUGGAGUUGAAUGCAGCUCAGAAGGCUAUGUCCCUUGCACUGGAAGAGAACCUAACAAGGCAAAUUGUUCACAUGGACCUUCGAGAAAUAAUAAUUGCAAGCACAACGAAGACACUGGUGUGAAAUGUGGUACAAAAGGAUUUUGUAAACACGAUUCGAUGUUAGGUUUGACGCUAGCUAAUAACAACGCAGUCAUCGCACUACCCAAGUUUGGGUAG